CUGAACCUCAAGUUUGCCCAACUGGGCAGAGGGAUCCUCCUCCUGUCGUCACUGGCAAAUGCAACUGAUCACCGCCUCAGCUUCAUCGCCUUGAAAUUCCCAUAAGUGCUACUGACAGGGGGGAGAAGAUGAAAUGUGCGGGGGCAGAACCGCAGAGCUGCGUGGUGAGGGAGUGUGAGCAGUGCAGCCAAAAGUGAUGGGUCCAGGAGUGUUGUGCAAACUCCCCAGUCUUUCCACCAGCGGGGACCAAAUCCUGCUCAGCAACAAAAGAACUUGUGACAUCCAUCACUGAGUCCCACCUGAUGGAUAAAAGCAUCGCAGCUGGCACAAAGGAGAGCUGGGUGCUGCCAUUCACUGGAUCUUGUGUAUCUUCCCUUCCUCAUCUUCAAUGCCAGUCAAGUGGUGUGCUACAGGGAGCUGGGCUGUGAGGACAGUGCCGUAUCAAACAGCAGAAAUCACAUCCUUGUCUUCACCCUCAGAGCUGGUGCUUGGGGCCCAUUUACAGAAGAGAUAUCUGGUCCAUGGGACGUUGACCAAGAGACAGUUCACCAUGAGGUUCUCAGCCAGCUGCCCUAGUGUGCAGCAGAAUCCAGGCUCCACAGGAUCUGGCAACCAGGAAAACCUCUGUUCUUCUCCAGCUAUGAUGACGUCUUCAGCACUGUGCGUGCUGGGAUGCCAUGUCAGUAAAGCUGGCAAACAAAAGCAAGGAGGUCUUGGCAACUGUAUGGACAGGGUGGUGGUUCCUCCCUGCUGGCCUGUAGCCUCAGUUGACCCAGACAAGGAGAGCCAAACUCCAGUCUCUGGUUGUCAGUUGGGAAGAAACCAUGAGAAAACAGCAACAUUACAAGUCAAGAAAGAGGCUGUUUACAUCUUUAGUGGAAUGAAUGAAAGCAUCCAGACAGUUCUGUUUAUUUUAGUGAAUCUUUUAUGGAAGCUCAGGAAUUUUCAUGAAAGGGUUAUUUUUAAUGUUUCUUCUCAUCCUUCUGAAUCAGAGGAGAGUGGAAUGCCAAUGGGACCCUUGUGACACUUGUUGAGGGGUGCCCAACAGGGUAACUAAUCCGUGUUCUCAAGAAACUCUAAGUCUCACAACUUCAAAGAAAAAAAAAAAAACCCAAAGUACCUCUGGCUGCAGGGUGCCUGUGUCUUGCUGUCUGACAUUUGAUGCAAAGGGGAUUCAUUCUCCCACAUCCAAGCUGAAAUUCCACAGGCACUAAUCAGCAAUUUCACAUCUGCAGCUUGAAACAAGUUGCAUGAAUGGCACUAGAUGCUAGGGAGUGAGGUGGAUGAGAGAUGCUCUUGCUCAGUCUCUCCAAAGAGAGAAGUAUGUUUUAAUUUGCAUUCCUUGGCUGAUGAUGUUUAAGGUAUUUGCCUCCAAAAUUUAAGCUGUAGAAGGAUCUGGACCACCCUCUGCUACAACAUUGAUGGAAACAAAAUUUAGCUGUUGAGUAUUUGUGUGUUGUCUUAAAGCUGAGCUUCCUUGCUGAGAUAUCUUCUUUAGUGGAAAUUAAAUAACAUACAGUUGCCCCUGUCUACAAGGCUCA